AUGGCAGCCGAGAAGACAGCCGCCUGGGAAAAGCAGAUCCAGCGCAACCCACACCCCGACUUCAAGCAAGUCGAGUCCUCGCGCCCGCCCUUCAACCCCUCCACAACCUUGACCUACACACAAACCCCGGACCCCAACUGGCAAUUCGGCUCCGGCGCCAACUCCACCACCACCCCAGCAGACCAAGAAAAGAAGCACAUCCCCAUCGACCCCUACGCCCCGAACCGCCCGGCAGGCUUCAACUACAAGCUCCUCAUCUCCGCCAUCGUCCCGCGGCCCAUCGCCUUCCUCUCCACGCGCUCCGCCGACGGCCUCACCACCAACCUCGCCCCCUUCAGCUACUUCCAAAUGAUCGGCCACGACCCGCCGCUCUUCACAAUCGGCUUCGCAUGCGCCCUCUCGGACGCAGACCGCGCCGCCAAGGACUCGCUGCGCAACCUCUCGGAGCGGCGCGAGUGCGUCAUCAACAUCAUCUCGGAACACUUUAUCGAGGCGGCAAACGCCACCAGUAUCAACGCUCCCUACGGCGUCAGCGAGUGGGACCUGAGCGGGCUGACGCCCAUCUACGACUGCGAGACGGUACCCGGGGUGGCGCGCGUAAAGGAGGCCGUGUUCGCAAUCGAGGGCAAGGUGGAGAGCCUGCGUGAGUUUGAGAGUCGGGCUACGCCGGGGAAAAUGUCGGCUACACUGGCUGUGAUUGAGGGGACACGGUUUUGGGCGAGGGAGGACGCGGUCAAUGAAGAGAGGAAUCUUAUUGAUCCGAAGGUGCUGAGGCCGAUUAGCAGGUUGGGAGGGAUCACGUACGGCAGGCUGACCGAGGGGCUGGAACUGCCGAGGCCGGAUUUUGAGAAGAACUUGGGAGGCAUGGAGGGCGCCAAAAAGUUGGAGAGCAAGCACGUGGCCAACUGA